CUUUCAUAAUCCGACUACUUUAUCAAAGAUGUGAACCGAUUGUCCACACACGAUUGCAUGCCGCACUAGUUUAUUUUUACAACGUACUAUUGUGAAUUUCAGCGUAUAUUUUCACAAGUCUCUCAACAUUUCUACACAAAAUUGUUGUCAGCAACUCUAGUGUGUGAAAAAAUUUCGGUAGGUUGUGAAAAUAAAGUAAUUGUGUUGAAAAGAAUUAAACUAAUAUAUAAAAGACUUCAAUAAAACACUGCAAUAGACUCUGGUUGGCGUUGAUUGUAUAUUAUGCUAUUCAUAUGUGAAGCACUGUAAGGUGAAGAACACAUAAAAGUGCACUGCUCUAAUUGUUUGCGAGAAUACACCGAACUCAGCGGUGACUUUCAAUAAGCUACUAGUGAAUUUGUUAUGCAAACAAAAAUAAUUAAACAGUGAAAGUAAGUUCUGUAAAAAUGUGAUUAAGUUCUUGGGGAAAUUCAUGAAAAUUGCUACCAUUUGUUGAUACUAAAAAGAGAUCCCCGAAUGUGAACGAUCGAAAACGAUUAUCCUCAGCUAUGUCGCUACAUUGUAUCGUGGUGCAUUGAUAGCUUCACAAAACGUGGUGUUUUUGUUGCUUUGGCAUGCUUUGCUACGUUCGUUCAUUGUUGCACCACUGUGAAUUGCAGAAUCAAAUAUGUUAGUAGAUGUGUGCAGUGGUGGCAGCCAUUGUGAAUGCAUUAGGUUUUUCGCUGUGGUCACGUACUCUCUUUCAUCCUGUGCAAUUUUGUUAUAAUUUAGUCAGUUUUACCUGUGCGAAGAAUAUUGCGAAUUAAUAUUGUUUACAUUAAUGCAAAUACAAUAUUAGUGCGAUCCUAUUUUAUGUGUAAAGAAAAUACUGACAAAGUGAAAAUCAAUUAAACGGAACACCUAACCAGCGACUAACAUUGAUUGUGUGUGUGCGCGUUGACUUAACACGACUUUCGGCGACUUUUUGCGUAUUGAAAAAAGCUUUUCUGUUACUUAACUCAAUGAGAAACAAAAAAAUGUCAGCAAAUAUAAUCAAAAUCUGAAAAUCAGUUUGCAAAUAGAAAAUUUUCGAAAAAAAUUGUGCUGUCUGUGCAAUAUUCAAAAAACCAAGCGAAAAAUAUUAAAGAAAAGUGAAAACUGCCUGCAAAUAUAGUAUUUUACUGGCCAAGCAGCUAGCUCUAGUAUUUGGUUGCUCAAACUAAAGUGACCAGAGUGUACAGAAUUCUCUUCAAUUCGCUGGCGCAUAUCACGCUUAAAUAAUUUGCGUUGCGAAAAAUGUGCAAUAAUCAGCUAGAAAAGCGCUGCUGAAGUCGCUGUAUGCAGCCAACUAGAAACUUAUAUCAAAAACAACAAUAACAACAUUAUAGCACAAGCCGCCGUUUUGGGGUAUAGCGAAGUUGUACAACAACAACAAAGAGGAUCCGAAACGCGCUACCACUGAGGAGCAAAGCACAGUUUUUGAAUAUGACAUAAAACCAUUAAUAAAAUCGUAAACGAAAAGCAAACAAAAUAAACGUUGCUAUAACGGUUAAAUACAUUUAGCGAACGCGCGUGUGUGUGUGUAAGUGCAUGUGUGACAAGCAUUGCACUUAAAUAAAGAACCACAACACCGAAAACAACACACAAAAAAUGUCUUCAUCCAGCGUAGAUGUGCCGCGGAUUAUGGUCUUUCGACCGACUUGGGAAGAAUUCAAGAAUUUUCCCAAAUACGUCGCCUACAUGGAAUCUCAAGGCGCACAUAAAGCCGGUCUGGCCAAAGUAGUGCCACCACCCGAGUGGGUGCCGCGACGCAGUGGCUACGAUGAUCUGGAUGCACUCAACAUAACCAUACCGGCGCCGAUUUGUCAGGUCGUGACCGGCAAACAGGGUCUCUACCAACAAAUUAACAUACAGAAGAAACCACUCACCGUGAAGCAAUUCAGUGAAUUGGCGUCCACGGAGCGCUAUCAGACGCCCAAACAUUUUGAUUUUGAAGAUCUCGAGCGUAAAUAUUGGAAGAAUAUUACCUAUGUAGCGCCGAUAUAUGGCGCGGAUGUUAGCGGUAGUAUUACAGAUGUGGAUCAGGAUAGUUGGAAUAUAAAUCGUCUUGGCACAAUACUGGACUUUGUUAACGAGGAUUACGGCAUACAAAUUGAUGGUGUGAAUACGGCAUAUUUGUAUUUUGGUAUGUGGAAGACCACCUUUGCCUGGCACACCGAAGAUAUGGAUCUCUAUUCGAUAAACUAUUUACACUUUGGCGCCCCGAAGACGUGGUAUGUCGUUCCACCCGAACAUGGGCGCAAAUUGGAGAAGGUCGCGAAUCAAUAUUUUCCGGCAAGCUAUCAAAAUUGCAACGCAUAUUUGCGGCAUAAAAUGACACUGAUCAGUCCGCAAGUGCUUAAGCAACACGAUGUGCCAGUGAGCAAAAUAACACAAGAGGCUGGUGAGAUAAUGAUAACAUUUCCUUUCGGCUACCAUGCCGGCUUCAAUCAUGGUUUCAAUUGCGCCGAGUCUACAAAUUUCGCCAUGGAACGGUGGAUUGAAUAUGGAAAACGUGCCGUUCAAUGUACCUGCAGCAACGAUAUGGUUAAGAUCUCCAUGGACACAUUCGUGAAACGCUUUCAGCCCGACCGCUAUCAGGCGUGGCUGGAGGGCAAUGAUGUGGGCAGACAUCCGGAGGAUCCGCCCAGUGUUGUAGCCGCAGCACCACUACCAUCACAUUUGGAUGUGACAUGCAAUAAGAAUCAUGGGGCUGACAAUUUACCAAUGCACGUAAUACAAAGAAUGAAGAAACAAUGUAACCCUACAAAAAAGAAGUCAUUCAAAGAGCGCAAUCCUGACUUGAAUUUAGAGGAGAUACAACUAAAUCCCAACAUACCCGAUGAGGUGAAGGCUGUGCUGAAAGAGAGCGUACUUACACUCGACGCUGAGGACGAAGAGCCGGCCAUAAUCGGUGACGGCGAACCUGAGUUACUGAUUCCACUAAGUCCAGCCAAUUUGAAGACCAAAAAGGAAUUAUUAGACUACAUCGAUGAUGGCACAGAUGAAGAUGAGGAGGAGGAGUUUCGUAAACGACGUCAUAAGCGCAAACAUCAUUCCGAUUAUGAUGAUGAUUGGUUCACCAGCAAACGGCGUACGAAUUCUCGCAAUAGCAGCAAAGGUCGUAGUCCGCGCAAUAGCAAUAAAGACGAUCGCUCCAUAUCGCCCGCAUCGUCAACAUCCUCAUCGUCACGUGCACGUCGUCAGCCAUGUACGACGCCUGGCAAAACGCCACGCAAGACGCCAAAUCGCCGAAAGAAAGACAAUGCAGCGACAACACCAAAUGCUACCGCCGCCACGACAGUGCCCACGAAAGCAGCACAAUCCGAGGCUGUGGCAAACGUACUGAAAACCGCAGCUGCCGUUUCGCAAGCGCUAAGCGGACAAUGCAGUGAUGAAAACGGCAAUAGCAAUAGCAACAGCAAUGGCGGGGUUGCGAGUCCACCAGCGCCCAACGUUGAGACACCAGCUGUAGCCGUGACCGUGUCAGCCGUAGCUGCUGCUGCCGAUGCGGCGGGAGGUAACGGCAGUUUAGCAGUCACAACAAAUUCAACUACCACAACCGCACACACACCCGUUAUACGUGUGGUGCGUAAGUUGAGCGAUCAGCUGAGCAAUCACAACAACGAUCUCCCCUCUGUGCCGAGUGUGUUGCAGUUCAUGCAACAAACACGCAAAUUCGAGGGUAAAAUACCGAAAAUCGGUCAACAAGUGAAUUUGCAACGCGCCGAACUACUCAUAAUGCCAACAACAUCGAACGCUUUGGCCGCCUCCACUGCUGUUGCUAAUACCACUAGCGCCAUAACAACAGCAACAACAUCUAGUCAGCAACAACAACAACGUCAACAGCAGCAGCAGCAGCUCGAGCAGGAGCAACAACAGCAAACAAUUGUUUAUACAACAAUGUUGCCGGCGGCAAGCACAUUGAAUGGCAUCGUUGCGCAGCAAAGUGCGCAGCAACAACAACAGCAAACACAAUACAUUACAAUACCCGCCACAUCGUCGGCGUCGGGUGCCAAUAGUACGGAUGGCGCUGUUUAUCAGUUGCAAAGUGAAAUUGUUUGCGAUGCAGCUACAUAUCAGCAACAUCAGCAACAGCAACAACAACAGCAGCAGCAGCAACAACGCCAGCAACAGCACGAACAACAACAAUUGACUGCACAAAGCAUCAACGGCAAUACAAUUGCUGUGACGUCGGCCGCCGCAGCGCAAGCUUUAGUGCGACAGCUGUUUAUUGCCAGAAAUUCUUCGUCCCCUAUACUGCUCACCUCGACAGCCGCUGCCGCCGCCGCCGUCAAUAAUAACCACCACCAGCAACAUCAUCUCCAACAACAACAACAACAUCAACAACACAAUUCUGCUGCUGCCGCCACAUCGACCUAUACCACCACAACCACCACUGCCACACCGCUCCACGCAAUCAAAACUGAAAUUAACGACGAAACGAAUCACAUUAUUGUCAAUGGCGAUGGCACAACGCUGCAGACGCAGUCGCACCCUCAGUAUCAUUACAUCACCACUACAGGUGAAGAUGGACAAACGCCGACGACAAUUGUUUUUGAAAACUACAAUGGUGAGGUCACUGAAGUGAAUGGGGGUGGGGGCGCCACCACGAUCAUUAAAUUUGAGGGUGACGAUACCGAGUAUCAAGGAUAUCAGGUGAUAAAACAAGAGGAGGAUAACUCAAAUGGCAUGCACAAUGAUGGAUCAUCAAUGGAACAACAGCAACAGCACCAACAACAGCAACAGCAACAACAGCAACCACAAUUUACUUAUAAAACUAUAAAACAAGACGAAGAAAUGAAUCAAACUAUUAGCGACACGAUAAUAGUGCCCCCCAACGGCGUACCAGCGAUACCACCGCAAAAACAAAAGCGCAAGCGAAAAACACGUUUGAUUUCUCCCGACGAACAGGGCGAGUACUUGGAGAAGAUGUCGGUGCGCGGACUGGACAUCCAGCGCUACGAACAUAUCAUUGACGGCGUCUCCUAUUGCCUGGUGUGUGCCAAAAAUGACGUUUUCAAAACAUUCAAAAACAAAUACAGUUUCCAACGUCACGCCUACCUAUUCCACGAAGGCGAUAAUCGCAAGAUAUUUGCCUGCCCCAUUUGCAAUAAAGAGUUUUCACGUCCCGACAAAAUGAAAAUGCAUAAAAAAGAUAAACACGGCGAUAUGCAAGUACCCGAUGGCACUCUUACACCAGCGGCCACACCGGUGAAGCAAUCACCAGACACCAAUACAGGUAAGCGUCCACGUGCCACCAGCUCACGAUCACGCGCGCGGAAACCACGCGCCACUAUAGCCAACACCGCGACGGCGACCGUCAACAGCGGCAGUGAAGAGAAUGCCGUUGAAGCGAAACGGAAACGCCUUGCGCAAAUCGAUAGCGUUUUGGAUGUCGUGCAGCAGCAAGCAGCUGACGUGAAUGGAACACAGGCGCAAACAACCACUAUCAAUGUACAACUGCAACAGCAGCCAAACGCACAACAAGUGCAGGUACAACAACAACAGACAUUGCCGCCCAUCGAUUUGAGUGGCAUGAUUCUGCCCGGUGGCGCACAGCUGGCGCUGGCCAAUCCGGGCGCUACGUCGGCGCUUCUACAGCAACAACGCGUUGCACAUCAACAACAACAGCAGCAGCAACAGUCGCACGCCCCACCACCACAGCAUAUUGCAAUGUCCGCGCAAGCAACGCAGGUGCUGCAGCCGUCAGCAACAGCCGCCACUGCUGCUGGCGCCGCUGGCACCACUCUCAUCUAUUCCAAUCAGAUUGAUUUGCAGCAAGCGCUGUUACAGCAACAGCUGCAUGGCCAAAGUAUAAUGAUACAAGAUCAAGCGGGCAAUUUGGUGCCGCUGCAAUCAUUGCAAGCGCUUAACGCAGCCACCACGCUAGACGGCACACAAACAAUCUACACCACGCAGCCGGCGCGUCAUGCACAACCGCCUCAACAGUUGCUCCAGACAACACAACAAACGACGCCGCCGAAUGCCUAUCAGCCGGCGCCGCAACAACAUAUACAGCUGCAGGCGCUGCCAACCGGUUCGCCACAAGAGACUAUCAUUACCACGACGUCGCCUGCCAGUCAGACUCAACAACAACAGCAGCUGAAAACAACCACACAACAUCAGCAACAGCACACAAGCAAUGUUGUGACACAGCAGCAGCAGCAACAACAACAACAGCACUAUGAGCUAGAGAAUGUUGCCUAUCUGUCGUCGACUGCUGCAACGCCGGCGCCGCCAGAGCAACAACAUCAACAACAACAACACCAUGUUAUUGGCACUGUGCAAAGCUAUCAGAUACUCACACCCGACGGCUUGCAAAGCUACCCCACCGCCACAGCGACGACAACUAAGUUGGAACCGAGCGAUUUGGCGGAACUUUGUCCAUACACUUCAAUGACCAGCACGACACCACAUUACACAUUCACAACACAUGCGGGACAUCAUGGCGCCACCGCGGACGCGCUGCAUCAGCAAGUUGCCGCCGCCACAACUAGUCAUACACAACAGCAGCAGCAGCACCAGUUGACGGCUGGCGGCGGCGGCCAGCAGCAGCAUCACAUACAGCAGCAGCAUCAUUUCAUGGAGCUCAAGAACGAUUUGUUGAUUAAAAGCGCAGCUGAUGCGUACGCGUUGGACGCGAGCUCCAUGUAUCACCUACCCUUUUCGCCGUCAUCGAUGAUCAGCUCGGUGAACGAUGGCAACGGACAGUCACUGCUCGAAACCAAAGAGAUUAGGACCAUUGCUGGGACACAAGUCAGAAAUGCCAACAAUACCGUUAUUACCACCACCAGCGGCAGCAACAACAACAAGAAGACAACGAUACAGCCGCGUACAGUGCAACUGUUAGUGACUCGUCGUCCCAUCAUCGCAAACAACAACACCAACAGCAAUAGAAGACAAGUUGUUGCAAACACCAGCGGCGCUGCCGCCACGCAAUCAGCGACAAUUGUGGCACCUGGCGUAUUGAAAAUAUCUUCGGCGGCAAUGCAUGCAAACAACAAUAACAACAGCAAUCAAAUUUUACAUACCACCACCGGCACUGAAACCGUUGUAAUUGAGGAGGAGGACGAUGAACUGCUCACAGCCACGAGUGGCGAUGACGGUUCAAUGUCACCGAACGCGCUCGCAAUGUCAGCGACUACAGCGCAAAUUUUACGUAAAUUCCGUAUACCUAAGGGCACUGCAUUGACGGCGAAAUCGAUCAACAGCGUGGAAGUGGCAACUAGUACGCCGGAGGCGUUAAUCUGCAGCACUUCAACAUCGCCAGUGCACUCGCCAAUACAUUCUACUUCGUGUUCGCCACCACCACCGGCUGACACACCGAACUCUGUAGAUUUGGUGGAGGAGGUGAUCGAGACUGAUGAGAACUCAACGUGUCAGUCAACCGACGAAGUGCUGAUCACCGCAGACACGACCACAGCCGACACCAUAAACGAGUGUGAGGUAGACGCUGUCGAAGAAGCUGAUGUCGAUUCUAACACCAACAACACUACGACAGUUUUAGUGCCGGCCAAUAGCGGUAGCGCCGCAUUAACAACAACAACUGCGACAGCACUGCCGCAAAUUCAACUGCAAACGCUGCAACCGAAUGGCACAGUGACGUGUAUUAAUCUGCCGCCGAACACGAUUCUGCUCACUGCGCCGGAUGGUUCCACGAUACUCGCCACAGCGACGCCACAGCAGUUGAGUAAAUUAACACAACAACAACAGCCACAGCCACAACCGCAGCAACAACAAAUAAUAGCGAUACAAGAUUGGAAUGGCAGUAGUGGUGGCGCCGGCGCCAGCAGCUCCAACAGAAGCGUCGACGCUAAUGCCACAACAGUACUACAAGCUGUGCAAGCUGCCGCAACACACCACCAACCACAAACAGCCACCACAACGCAAACAUUGCUGCUCACCGCCGACGGCACCGCCAUACCAAUCAUACAAUCGGCACCAGCCGCCGCAACUAAUGCCAACAGCGCCACUUCGAAUUCGGCGGCGGCAGCAGCAGCCGCAGCACAGAUUGUCGCCGCCCAACAGGCUGAGGCGCUGAAGGCGCAAGUGCUGGCGUAGGGUUUGGCCGGUGGCCAAUUAGGGCGAUUUCUGAAUAAUGCAACGAUUUUACCGACGACCUACUUUUUCUAAGACGACCAGGUAAUAAUGUAUCCGUUUACAAUGUGCGUGUAUACUUUAUAUGUGUAGUCAGUUUGUCUAGCUAAGAGUUUUAUGUGCGAGUAUGUUACUUAGUUUUGUCUUAAACUACAAUAAGAAAUUUGUGUUUACAAUUUUUCCUUUAAUUGGUUACUCUUCAACACUUAAAAGUAAAAAUCAGUUAUAAUUAAAUCAGUUAGCUUUAAGCACUGAAAUGUGCUUUUCGAUAAAUUAUUAUGAAUUAAAUUUACACCGUCUCAAAAGAAAAUUAAAAUCUAUAGCUGCAUAUUAAAAAUCAAGAAUCGCUCCGAUUAGCUACGAUUAAGCAAUUUUUAAUUGCUGUAAUAAUGCUUAACAAUAAUAUUAUAUGAAAAAAUCGCUCAGUGUCGGGUCAUUCGUUAGUAAUGUUCAUUUUGGGUAUAUACUAGUCGCUUUUUCAACUCCAAAAAGUUAAUAGUCAUCAAUUCAUACAUAGUUAUGAAAAAAUGUCAGUAUAUGAAAGAUAUAUGGAGACUUAACGCUGAAGGAAAUGAAAUGUACUUUAAUUAUAAGUAAAAUAUUUGACAAAAAAAAUUGUUUCGAAAAGUUUACACUAUGAUUAUUUUUUUUAUUGCCCAAUAAAAUUUGAGAAACACUCAAUUUAAAUUUUAUUUCUUUUUAAAAGUGAAAAUAAAAAACUUUUGAAACGAGAUAUAAUUUGAAAACGUAUGAACAGCUUUCAUUAAUUAUUUUGAAAAUAUCUAAAUUAAAAAUUAGAAUAAUUAAAAAAACUAAAAAUAUUUGGAUAUGUUUGUCACAAUUUGUUUGAAUGCGUGUUUAGUGUUAAUAAAGGGAAGUUAAAAAACAUUAUUUUUUUAAUUUUAACAUGGUUAAACUAUUUUAGGAUAGAAACAAAAUUUUACAGUAAUUUAUAAUUUUAAUUUUCUCAAUUCAUUAAAAGUAAUUCUUUUAAAAACUAAAUCUACAAACAGGAUUUUACUGGCAAAUAUUUAUAAUAAAAAAUGUUUUAUUUAAAACUUAUUUCAAUUGCCGCGAAAUAAUCAUUUACAUAAACAACAUUUUAUUAUAUUUUAUUUACACAACAAAUUAGUUAAUAAUUUACUAAAUACAGUUUUAGAAAUUGAAUUUAAAGUUUAUUGCCAUUUUAUGCCUUCUCUGCAAGAGUCUUGUGCGCAAUAAAAAUUGCUUUUAGCGCAAAAAUUUUUGCAAAGAAUGCAUAUACAAAUACUAAAGUAUUAUUUUUAUCGAUUUUUUUAUUUCUAUUAAAUGAACAAAUUUUUGUGUACUAUGGAAUUAAGAAAUAAUAAUCAUUAUAAUAUUAUAAGAAAAUAAAUUUAGUAAACAAGAACAAAAAAAGAACAACAAAAUCACAUAUAAAAGAUCUCCAAGCAGUUAUUCGCAAUUCUGACUAGUAUAUACCACACACUAAUUUCUCCAACAAGUGUGAAUUGUUCGAAACCAAAACUAACGAAUAAACCCUAGCGUCAAAACCAGAAUCUACGAAAGACAAAUAAAUACCUGUGUGUUAAAUAAAACUAGAAAAAUGUGAAUGCUUAUUUCGAAGUUGACGAAUUACUUCAAACAAAAAUGGUAAAUGCAUAAUAUACUCGUCAUAUAAGUACUGCGAAGACAGCUUAGUAAAUAGGUUUUGGGUGAUUAUAUAUUAUAUAAUCUACAUGCAAGUAAUUUGUUUAAUAAAAACGGAAAAAUGCAAUUUCGAAAAUUCGAAUUGUUACUAUUUUGUAAAUGUAUACCACAAACAAAGAUAUAAACAUUGAAAUAGGUAUAACGGUAACUUAUAUUCGAUCGCUCAGCGUUAUUAAAAAUGUAUUAUAGUUACUACUAUUUUAAUUUUUUAACAUUAUAUAUCAUGCUCCUCUCAAUUCAUUUGCAAAUUGUAUAAAAGUAAUUGUUGUGUGUGUCCUCUUUCAAACAAAAAAAAAAAAGCAACAACAACAAAUUGUAAUGCCGAUUAAAUGAAAACAGUUUAUUAAGUCAGAAAGCUAUUUUACUUUAGCUUGAAGUUUCGAAAUAAUUUACAAAAAUAUAAAUGCAUGCAAAAAUAUAUUAAAACUGCACUUAAUGGUAUUCCGGUUCAAAAUUCUACAUUUGGUACACAUAAUUGAUUAUGAAGAUUUUAUACCAUAUUUUUAACAAAUUUUAUUUAUUAGAAGCUUUAGACUGUGUUUUCAAUAGUGUGUGUCUUACAUAUGCCGAAAAUAUAGCAUACUUUAGGGCGCAUACACAAUUGCAUGCUAAUGUUUUCUAUAUUUUUGGUUCGAACUUUUGUAAAAAAAUAAAAUAUUGCGGUAACAAAUGUUGAAAAUAUUUUGAAUAAGCUGCUUUAAGCUUACUCCUGAUUAUACCUUUGUAGAUGCAAAUCUAUUUCAGGUCGUAAAAUUAUAUUUUAACAAAUUCGUGUUGUGUUUUUCAAAACUUGCCGAAAUAGCUAUUAUAUUUGAACCACAUUUGUCAGGUCAUACUUGUUUGUACCAAUACCUUUUUCCACUUUCAUAAUCAUAUAUUUUAUUAAUAAUUAUUUACAAUUACACAUAGCCGUUCGAGCUGUUUUGUUUUGUUUCGGGUGCCAUUUUAUUAUAUUUAUUUUUGAAUUGUUUGUUUUUAAUACCCAUUUGUUUAUUAUGUAGAUAUAUUUUAUUUAUUUUUAUUAAAUUUAAAUUAUUAUAAACAAAUUUCUUCGAAUUUUUGAUUUGUCCUCUACAAUUAAAAUUAAAAUUUUUGUAUUAAAUUUAGAACAGACUCCUCUACUCAACAAUACAGAUUUCUGUUCGACAGUCAGAAACUAUAUUCUGUUCAGUAUCAACGCAGAAAACAACAUAACUGUCAGUUACUAGUAGAAACACACACGAAAAAGAUUAUUAAUAAAAUUAAGGAGACCAGUUGAGGCAAAUCAUAGAAGAAAAUAAAAGUACUAUAUUUUACUAUUCAAUUAAUUUAUAUUUUAAUUAUGUAUAUAAAUACAUAUUAAAUUAAUAAGAUUUAAUAACAAUAAAAUAAAAUUUACUGAAAUAAUAUUUAAAUGCGACGUGCUUAAAAAAGCGACGAGUUACAAGUAUUUCUUUAUUGUAGAUCCUUAGUACUCAGUUGACAUGACUAUGUGCUGAUUGAUAUUUUAUAAUACUUGAUUUUCAAUUGAAAAAUGCAUGAAAAUGUUUAACAACUUGUAUGUACGUUUAGUAUAUAGACAUAAAAAAUGGAAUAGUUUUAAGCACAUGUUAAUAAGUACAUAAACUCAAUUAAUUUAAGCCAAGCAAAACAAACAAACCGAAAAGCAAAUGCGAAAAACUAUUUUAGACAAAAAAUUAUUGAAUUUAGAAACAAAAUGCAAAUUCAGAAUAGUUUUGAAUUGGAUAAUUUAUUUAAAAUCUAAGCCAUUUAAAUUAAAAUUAUUUUAAAUUUAUUUAAACAAUAAAUAAUUUUCCUUUAACUUAAUUUAAGAGCAUUUCUUAAUAAUGAAAAAAGUGAAGUAAAUCAAAUCAUGUAAGAACAAAAUUUGACCAAUAAACAAAACCAAUGAUUGAUAAUUAGUAUAAUAGUAAUUAAAGCAUAAAAUAAAUAAUUAUUAUAAGUUUAUUGUACGAAAAUAACAAGUUAUUGAAAAAAACAGAAAAAUCUUAAAAAAUGGAAUUAGUUUCAGCGAUAUUAAUAAAAAAAAAUUAAAUAAAAAUUAAACUGUUGUAAGAACCUGUAAAAUAUAUACAUACAUAUAUUAUUGUAAAAGCUUAAAUGACCCAUUCAUAUUGCAUGCAGCUCAUUUAAGCUACGCAUAUAUAAACUAUUAUAACAUUAUUAACUGCACUGUGCUAGUCAGAAAACUAUAAGCAUACAAUCACUCAGCUGGUAGUAUUUAUUGUAAUUACACCAGCGCAGAGCUGCUGAUUGUGCUAAGAAAAAAAAUUAAUUAUACAAAAGUUCCCACUUCAAGCACAGUGUAAUAAUGUGAAAUAUUAAAUUAUCUGUUAAUAUUACACAUUACAUACCUACAAGUAUAUAACAUAAAAUAAAGACGAAAAUUAUUUCAUAAAUUUGA